AUGCUCGCCAUGCAAAGCGCGGACUCGAAAAACUCGCGUUUAGGAUUACCAGGAUCGAAAUUGUCCGGAUUACACCCCGAUCAUACCGGUUUCUCGCACGGCGCCUUCAAUUCCAAUAAUCCUUCGAUGCAGCAGAGCUUUGGAAAUCGCGAUUCGCGACGGGCUAAUGUCCCUUCUAUCAACACUGGUUCCGCGGUACACAACGGUAACGACCUCGGUGCGUCAGGCUUCGACAUGAACGUCACACCCCUUCUCCCAUCCCAGCUUUUGCUGGGCAGCCCCUUCCAGCCUGGAACCCCUUCCGCAUUUGCGUCUCCCCAAUUUGCCAGUUUCGGUGGCUUCCCCCAAACAAACUCCGUUCAUAACCAAGGUGCUCAGCACCAACUCGGCAGCCCAACCCAGGCACAGCAGAACGCGCUAUCUCCCCAGCUUUUCCCUGGACUGGUAUCUGCAGACGGUUUCGCUAGCUCGCAGCUUUUGGGAGGUCCUCAAUCGCCAAUUGGUGGCUUCCCUGGCUUGGGAAAUGCCGCGUUUGGCGCUUCCACUGCCACCGUUCCUGGAAUGAUCUCUGGCACUAGUCGCACUGUGUAUCUUGGAAAUAUCCCGGCAGAAACAUCAGCAGAGGAAAUUCUCAACCAUGUUCGCAGCGGACAAAUCGAGUCGGUCCGUUUGUUGCCAGACAAAAACUGCGCUUUCAUCUCGUUCCUGGACAGCAGCUCUGCUACUCAUUUUCACUCGGAUGCCAUUUUGAAGAAAUUAGCCAUCAAGGGAAACGACGUCAAAAUCGGCUGGGGUAAGCCUUCCCAGGUUCCAACAUCAGUCGCUGUCGCCGUCCAACAGUCAGGCGCGUCUCGGAAUGUUUAUUUGGGCAGCUUACCUGAAGAUAUUACCGAAGACGAGCUGCGGGAGGAUCUCGGAAAGUUCGGGCCUAUUGAUACCGUGAAGAUUGUGAAGGAAAAGGCUAUCGGAUUCGUGCACUUCUUAUCUAUCAGCAAUGCCAUUAAGGCUGUCGCCCAACUCCCUCAGGAACAAAAAUGGCAAGCCCCUCGUCGAGUUUUCUACGGCAAAGAUCGCUGCGCCUAUGUAUCGAAGACUCAGCAGCAGAAUGCUGCUCAGUACUUGGGAAUUGCCCCAGGAUAUGCCCACGUUCUCAAUAGUGCGGACCGUGAUUUGAUCUCGAACGCUCUUGCUCAACAGUCCGUUGCUGCCGCGGCUGUCGCGACAACGGCUGGUGGUGUCAACAAUCUUGGAAACCGAACUAUCUAUCUUGGUAAUAUUCACCCCGAAACUACUAUCGAAGAAAUUUGCAACGUUGUUCGAGGUGGACUCUUACACCAUAUUCGUUAUAUUCCCGACAAGCACAUCUGCUUUGUCACGUUCAUCGACCCAACAUCUGCUGCUUCAUUCUAUGCUCUUAGCAACCUUCAAGGCCUGAUGAUCCACAACCGACGAUUGAAGAUUGGUUGGGGCAAGCAUUCUGGCGCCCUACCUCCGGCCAUUGCUCUUGCUGUCAGUGGAGGAGCUUCUCGUAAUGUGUAUAUUGGUAAUCUUGAUGAAUCCUGGACUGAGGAGCGUCUUCGUCAAGACUUUUCUGAAUACGGGGAAAUAGAGCUUGUCAACACUCUGAGAGAGAAGAGCUGCGCUUUUGUCAACUUCACCAAUAUCGCUAAUGCGAUCAAGGCAAUCGAAGGCAUGCGCGGCCGUGAUGAAUACAAGCGCUUCAAGAUCAACUUCGGCAAAGACAGAUGUGGUAACCCUCCACGACAAAUGAACAAUAAUGGCAAUCAGCAACAGAACAACCGCAAUGGUGUCGAAGAGCAGCAGGCUCCGUCUCCUCUGAACGGCUUCCAACAGAAUCUCAGCCAAGGUGGCUCGCAGUCGAGCCCAACCAGACCUGCCCUGUCACCUGCUCCAGGAUCGACAGGGUCGCAAAAUGGGCAGCAGAACCGUCAUCCUCUUCAAAAUGUGUCAUCGCCUUCGUCGAUUUUGAAUGCUGGAGGUAGUAAUCCGCUGACGAUGUACCUAAAUCAAGUUUCUGCCCAACAGGCUCAGGACCAGGAGAAUCGCUUGACGGAUCCUAUCACGUUAGCGACUCUGCAGCAACAGCAAAACCAAGCACUCGCCAAUCAACAGGCCGCUCUAUACAGUGGUGCUGCUUCCAACGAAAUGAGUAACGGAAGCGUUGCGGAGCCCUCUCUACACCAACAAAAGCCGUCCAACGGCUUCCUUAAUGUCUCUAAUGGCCAUCCAGGUCCUUCUCAUGGCUCUGCCAACAGUCUCAGCGUGCCACGAGCUCAACACUCCCGUGCUGUCAGCUUGCCGUCCUUCUCUCAAGAACCGUUUGGGCCGACCCAAAGUCACUCGAACCACGGUCGCUCUGGGCUGUCUCAUCAACCUCAAGGAAGCUUUUCCAGCUUCGGUUCGGCACUAGGUGGUCUGAACCAUAGCGGGUUUGGACUUGCAAUUCAAAAUGAGUCUUCUCUUCCGGGCUGGGCUGAAGAGGAGAUUGGCGCGAAGUAA